AUGUACAGAAUAUUGAAUACCUCAUCAAAGACCCCUCCAGACCUGAAGUUAACAUCUGUCCUGAUUGGACCGAUCACAAGUCUGAUGUGUCGUCCUGAGAUCCGAUCACUCGUGGUCACAGGAGACACAUUCAGGACCGGCUUUAACGGCAGGAUUCUGGAGCUGGCGCGGCACAAAACCUCAAAAACAAUCUGGGCCACGACUCCUUGUGAGAAGCUGAGCUGGGGGAACCAGGAGCCGGUGUGGCCCGUCUCCGCUCCGGCGCUCGGAGCCUUUCCAAGUGCAAGAAUCCAAUACCUGUCCAAGCACAAAAGAGACUCCUCAGCAAGGGACGGCCCCGGGAGGCCUCCUCACACUCCUCAGUGUGAGAACAACUGUCCGGUCUGGCACGUUGAUCCCAGAGUGAAAGCUGCAGCGAUCACACCUCGACUGCUGCGGCUCUCCAUCCCCAAACAGACCCACCCGGACUUCCAGAGCAACGGAGAGAGCGUCUCGUCCAUCGUGUCCUUGGCGUCCAGAGGAGCUCGCGUCUCUCAGAGACUCGUCCAGCUGUCACUGCCCAGACUGAGAAAGAGCAACGUCUGCUGCGAGCUCGGGCGUCCGGAGGAAUCAGUGUGGACGGUUUCGAGAGCAGCGAGAAGAGCGACGGCAAGUUCUCGAGUUAAGAUGCUGGCGACGCCGAAGCAGCUCCCCAAAGACUACGUCCUUCCACGAGAGGCGGAGUGGAGCCGGAACUACGUCCUGUCUCCCUGAACCUCCGUCAGCAUCACAACCAAAGGGAGCUCAGGAUUUCUUCUUUCUCUGUCGUGUAAAACGAGCGACUGGAUCCCACCUGUCCGGUUUCAGGACUAAUCCAGAGGAGACUCAGGUGGAAAAUACAACAUGAGUGACGCAGAAAGAACUCGUGUGGAAUGGUUAUAAAUGUAUGUAAAGUUAAACGUCAAACAGAAAUAUCAGACUUUACUCGACUGCUGAUUCGAUAAAUGCAACGACUUCCAGAGAUUCUGCAGAGGUGAGGAGGCAGCUCUCUCUGCGUCUGAGCCUCACGUCGACUCUUCACUCUCUGGACCUGCAGAUGAAAUAUUCUCCAGUCUUUGGAGCACAAGCAUCUUUUUCUCCUCUUGGCUUCAGCUCCAGUGUCUGGACUCUGGUUUCCUGCUGGAACUCUUUCUGGAACUCGGCCUGUUUGCCUCUCUAUUUCAGAUUCCAUUGAAUUCCAGUCUAAUUUAUCUGAUUCCACUCUCGUUUAUCUUAAAUUACUUGUUCGUUUUUCUUUGUUUUUACUCAUUUUGAAAAGAAUACAACCUUUUUAUUUAGGUAGUGAUGUCACCUCCGUAUAUGUAAUAAUCAUUUACUUGUAUUGCACUUUUCUUAACAAUAUUCCCGAUGAUCCAUGAGAAUAAAAAACGA